GUGACCACGCGAAAGGUCCGAUCUUCGUUCUCCGGUCUUCUGGCGAAGUCGCUAACAGUUCGAUUCUCCAUCUAAAUAAUAGCAUCCCCAUCAAGACCGUCAAUCAAAAGGAUAACAGAACGAUAACAGAUCGACGACCCUCACGGCCGACACACAAUCAGCGGUCGGGUUUCAGAGAGUUCGUUCUCCUGCAGAACAACAUCCUGUCCGAUGAGCUGAGCGUCCACCGGACCCGCCCAUGGACCUGACCCCGGACCCGACCACGUACCAGACCCUGGACCCGACCCAGGGUCCGGCCCAGCUACCCCGGGACGGAGGAGCCGGAGGCGGGGCCGCCUGGCUGGUGAGGAAGGCGCGGCUGGCGGUGGCGCUGGCGGUCAUCAAGUCCCGCCCCCCCGGGCUGAGUGGCAGGCAGCAGGCGGAGGCUCUGGCCUCGAGGAUGAGGAGCAGAGACGCCGGGCUGAGGAGCAGAGGCCAGGAGCUCCAGGAGGAGGUGCUGCGUCUGAGGCAGCAGCUGCUCCUCGCCAAGAUGGCCGCCCAGAGACGGGACGUGGGCGGAGCCUCAGGUGAGGAUGGUUUCCUGCCCCAGGACCUGGGGGUCCCUGCUGAGGAGGAGGCCUCCAUGGUGGACUCUGAGUCCCUCCUGCCCCACGUGGACCCGGUACACCCCGUGGUCUCUGGGGGUCCACACACAGACCCUGUACCCCCUGCGGUCCCCGUGAACCCCCAGACCCUCUCCUCGGCACCCCCCAGGUGGUUCCCCCCGCCCCAGACCGCCUCUCCCCGGGGGGGGUCCAUGCAGGGCCACAUGCGGUUCCUCCAGAGCCUGUGUGGGCUCCGGCGGGCCGCGGACAGGGGGGGCGGCGGGGGGGGGGCCCCGGGGCCCGCCUGGUCCGGCCCCCAGCAGGAGGGCUCUGCGGUGAUGGCCGAGUCCCUCAGCCAGCUGCUGGGCUCGGUGGUGGCGGCGGCGGUGUGUCCGGCGGACCCCCCCGCGCUGCCCUCGGGGGCCCUGGUCCUGGAGGCCUGCCGCGUGCUGGCCGGGGCCACGGACGCCGGGGGUUUGAACCGGCAACCCUUGUUCGUGACGGAGGUGGAGGGGUCCCUGAAGGAGCUGGUGGGGCUUCUGCUCAGCGCAGAUCGACUCGGCAAGGGGGCUGUGAGCGGGGACCACCUGACGGAGGUCCUGGUCCUGCUGGGGGAGAGCCGCCUCCUCCGGCCCGUCCUCGUCCGCCACCUCCUCUCCCUGCUCCGCGGCCUGGCCCAGCGGCUCUGUCACCUGUGCCAGGUGGAGGAACACCUGGAGCCGGAGGACGAGGUCCUCCACCUCCACGAGAACUCCUUCCACCUCUUCUGGCUCCUGGAGCGGCUGCUGCAGCCGGGGGUGGAGGGGGCCCCCCAAGACUACCAGGGGGCAGGGGCCCCCCAAGACUACCAGGGGGCAGGGGUCCCCCAGGAACAGGGGCCCCAGGAAUGCUUGGGGGCAGGGGGGCCCCAGGACUGUGGGGGGGCAGGGGUCCCCCAGGACCGUGGGGCCUUCCAGGGGCCCCAGGGAGGGACCGAGCUCCAGGGGCCCCAGGAACGCGAGGCCUUCUUGGGGCUCCUCGGCCACAGCGUCCUGCUGCUCUCCGAUGAGUUCCCGCUCUUUGCUCUCUACAUGUGGCGGAUCGGGGCCCUCCUGUCCUGGUCUUAG